AUGUCUUCCAACAAGGACCAGAUCACUCAUCUCGGCUCUGAGCUAGAGAAUCUGCACAUCCCAAAGCAGACUGAGGAGCAUCACAACAACAACCGAACUGCAGACGCUAUCAGCAUCCCCGAUCCAUCGGGUUCGUCUGGUUCGUAUGCUAUGACCAACCUUCCCCAGAUCUUCAUCACAGGCACUGACACCAUGUCCCAGACGGAAGCUACUUCCGGCGCCGGUUCCCACCCAGCAUCUCAUGCUGCGGGUGGUCGACCUAUCGCCACCGGUCGCCUAACUCCCAUCUCACCUGUGAAAAACGUCAACCCGCACCCUUACCUGUCCAUCUCGACAGCUCUUCUCCAGCACGCCAUCAUGGAAUAUCUCAAGCCGGACAGCUGUUACGAACGCUCCGUCCUACGUCGCCAGUCGGUUUACCACCAUUGGCGUUGGGUCCCGUAUGUGCCUACAGGUGCGUCAAUUAUGCUUGGUGAUGUUGAACUCGUCAGCAUCAGGGAUGAUGUGAUUCGAUCCAAGAUCGAUCGCCAGGAGAGAGUCUUUGAGCAGCAAGACAAUGUUGGCGAAUUCUCUCGUAUCGGAGAGCACAUUGACCUAGAUCUCACCGUGCCUGAAUAUGCUGGAUGGAGAGUCCUUGUUUGGCGUUUCAUUGGGCUUAAUGGCAAUCGAAGUGAAUGGAUGGAUCGCCAGGGACGUGUCGUUGCUAACCCGAGGGCCCAACACCGUCAGCCAGUGACCGAAACCAAGUACUAA